UAUUGAUUAACUCUUAUCAGUUUAUGUUGGAUACAUUUUGUGGAUUUCAACAGCUAUUUGUCUGAUUAAAUGUAUUCCAGUGUGAAUAUCUAAAUAGGUAACCAGAACGAAGAAGUCUGAAUCCUACCAGUCAAAGGAUGGACAGGAUUCAACAUCUGAUAUUAUGGGCUGUGUUGGUGGAGUGCUGUGUAGCUGAGAGACAGUACUUCCUCCACUCCAACUCCUCCACCUGGGAACAGGCCAGACUACACUGCCAGGCGUGCUACAAAGAGAUGGUGAGCCUGACCCCUGACAACAUCCAGCAACUUGCCCAGAACCUGAACUCUUCUUACUGGAUCGGCCUCCGCAAAACCCUGAACAACGGCUCCUUCCCCUGGUCGAGCUGGUCCAACGGAGACCCCGUCACCUUCCAGAACUGGUACCCCGGUCGCCCCAUACUCUCCAAGCCCAAAGACCCUGUGAACAAUAUCUUUAACUACAACAACUACUCCAUCCCUCCCAAUGACUGUGGGUGUUGCUGCCCCAGUCAGAGCAACCCUGCCAGUGUUCCCCUGACAUCUACUACAGAUUACUCUUUCACAGAGAAUGAAAACAUGACUGCAUUAUCAACGAUGACACCAGCCGUGACAACAAUGACAUCUGUCAUGACUAGUGGACCAACGUUCUUUACGGGAGUUACUGGUGGGACCAAUGGGACCAAUGGGACGAAUGAAACUGCGACAGACGUGUACAUUGAGGAGCCUUGCAUAGCCCUGCUCAGUUUCGGACUUUGGUUUGAUAAAAUCUGCUCAGAGCUUCUUCCCUAUAUCUGCUAUGAAGACCGUUUCUAUGGUAAUGCCAACAUAACCAACAAGACACUACACAACGCGACUCUGAGCUGGACACGUGGGCCCGGUGACAUCAGCGGAUACAGGGUGGAGGUCAAGUCCACUGACUACAACCUGACCUUAAACCACAGCAGCCUGAACCGGACCUACGACCUUUCCAACCUCACUGCCGGCACCCAGUACAGAGUCCAGGUGUUCCCCAUUAAGUGUUGGAGGGACCUCAACCCACAGAACGUCUCCUUCUACACCAAGCCUGACGUGAUCAAAUACAUCAACAUCACCAACGUCUCAGAAACAAAUAUCUUCCUGUCCUGGCCCGCUCCUGAGGGCAACCGUGGCUUCUACUCCAUUCAGGUGAGGGAUCAACCCAACCUGAACAUGAUCACACGCACAGAGAGCGCUGAGGUCAAAGGCCUGAUACCAGGAGGGUUGUACAUGUUUGAGGUCAACGCCAAUGUGGAGGACAAGUCCAUCGAGGGAGAUCAAACGAAUAUCACCUCCUACAGCAACAGUGUCGACUUCCAAUGGGAACAGCCCGCAGGGAACACCUCUGGGUACAGAGUGGAAGUCUGGGUAGAAGAAAAUAACAAGAUGCGGUCCAACAUAACCCAGAGUUAUACGAAUUAUACGGCUGAGAAGCUGCCGUCAGGUGCCAAGAUCUGGCUGAGAGUGGUGGCACUGGUGCCGGACGGAUCAGUGGAGGGAGAACCCAGUGCUGCGAUGGGCCUCACCACUCCAGAUAAAGUUACGAACUUACUGCUGGUACCUACUGCGGACACCAUCAAUGUGACCUGGACACUACCUCAGGGAAACUUCGAGACCUUCAGUGUUCAGCUCAAGCUGAACUUCUCUAACAAGGAAGUGGAAAACAGUAUUACAAAUGCCAGUCACAUUUCCUUCCCCAGCCUGAUGGCAGGAGUCGCAUAUAAUGUGACAGUCACCACUCUGAAUGGGGAUCUCAAGAGUGAACCAGAGAGCGUCACAAAUUUCACUCUUCCUCUCCCACCACAAUCACCCAAAAUCAAUUUCUUCAAUCAGAGUCAUGUCAACCUGACAUGGCAAGCCCCCAUGGAAUACCAAGGUGUACAAAUAACGUACCUGGUGAAAUACAGUGCUGAAUUCUGGAACCGUACGAGGAUACAUAAGACGACCAACACCAGCUAUAUGUUUCAUAAUUUAACGGCUGGGACCAAUUACAUCUUCGAAAUACGAGUGAAGGCGGGAACCCAGGAAAGCGUUCCCAUCGAAACAUCACAGACCACAAAUGCUACGGUGAGGGUUCAAACUAUGACUAUGGAAUGUGCCUCCAGCAAACCUUCCUUCUGUGAGGAUAUCGGCGCACGGACAGAGGUCUUGAAUCAGUUGAAGAAACGUUUCAGCAAGACGUUCAGCAGGGAUCAAGGUGACAGUGUUGUAGAUAACGUGUUCUGGGAAUUAGCGUGGCGAGAGGCAUAAUUGCACACACACACUUGUACAGGUCAUCAUCUAUUCAAUAUCAUUUCUUAGUUAAGAUUAAGAUAAAUUGUAUUUUGAUUACUUAAAAAAUUAUAACGUGAUAAAUGAAG